AUUCCACUGGAAGGUCUUCGCGGCUUUCUUUAUGCAACUCGAUGCGUUCGUCUGCUUUGCGACCUUUUGCUCCUUCGGACCUCUGAGGAAUCCGACAGCCCUGCCGGCCUCAAACAGGCUAGUCCGCCCAGAAGACGGUCCACUAAUUUGCAAGCCAGCCGGUUGCCUCAGCGGACUUCCUCUUGCUCGCCAUCUGCAUGGCCAGUGAGUGAAGUUGAUGUCGCUUAUUCCCUCGGCAAUGUUGAUCUGGAUGCCGACCUCACGCAUCUGAUUCCACCACAGAACUUCAUUUACGCUACAGUUAUCUUCACUUUAUCUGCCUGGGCUGUAAUUGUACGUUUUGCUCUUUUGACUUUCAGCAGCCUCAUGAAACAUUUGCCGACCUCCCGCUUGACCCGUGUCAUCCAGUCUGUCAUCAGCCACGUAAACUCGGUGUACACACCGUAUCGUCUAGUUGCAACAGCAUUCCUUGGAGCAAUCCCAAUCUUUAUUCUUCGUAACAAGGUUGAAGCUGAUAAAAUCUGA